GCGCCUGAUUACAGGAAGUCCAACAUUUUAUGUCACCAGCUGAUGAAGCCGAAUUGUCAACACUCCGAAGACUGACGGCUGCCUCGCCACCUCCGCGCUUUCAGCCAAACUGACGACUAUUCAAACAAUAGUGAGAAGUCACAAGAUCAUCUGAGCACAUCCACCUUGUGAAAUAAAACACCAGCAGUCAUCCUCAGUGUCCAGUGCCGGACACAGGACCAGCCUCCCUGUAGUCUCCCACGCGGGUCGGUAUGAGCUCCAGAGGGAGCGGUGGCCGUACCAACGGCGCUUUACCUCAGACCAAGAUCUGCCAGUUCAAGCUGGUGUUGCUGGGAGACAUGGCGGUGGGCAAGUCCAGCCUGGUGCUGCGCUUUGUCAAGGGACAGUUUGAUGAGUUUCAGGAGACGACCAUCGGCGCUGCUUUUCUGGCUCAGUCUGUGUGUUUAGAUGACACCACUGUCAAGUUUGAGAUCUGGGACACUGCGGGACAGGAGCGCUACCACAGUCUGGCCCCCAUGUACUACCGCGGCGCUCAGGCCGCCAUUGUGGUCUUUGACAUCACCAAACCGGAAACCUUUGAGAGAGCCAAAGCCUGGGUGAAGGAGCUGCAGAGGCAGGCCAGCCCCAACAUCGUGAUCGCACUUGCUGGGAACAAGGCCGACCUGGCUGAGAAGAGACUAGUGGAGAACGAGGAAGCACAAGUGUACGCCGAAGACACCAGUUUGCUUUUUAUGGAGACUUCAGCCAAGACGGCCAUGAAUGUCAACGAGCUGUUCUUGGCCAUUGCAAAAAAGAUGCCAAAAACAGACACCCAGAACCCGACACAUGCUGCGCGACAUCGCGGAGUCAACCUCCAAGACCCCGACGCGCACUCUACCCGAGCCUGCUGUGGUGGAAACUAGAGCCCCUCUUAGUACUCCACCAUCCACACCAUCACGGCCCAUCGAGCACACCCCUCAAGCCACCUCCAGGACGGGGUGUGGGGGGGGGGAAGCAUCACCACUCACCACCUUGCCCCCACCCAUCCUCUUCAACAAGACAGUUAAGACCAAGAGAGCAAAAGAUCUAAAGGUUCUGCUGGUUCUCAUCGACUGAAGACUGAGAGGAGUGUGGAUGGAGAAGCAGCGACAGCUCUGUAGUACUUAGCACUAAUCAUGUCGUCAUUCUGCCUUGUGUCAUGUCAAACUGGAUUGCAAAUAAUAUAUAUAUAAAAAGAGCAGCACACAUCUGCAACUAAUGAGACGGAAUGGAUUUGAAAAAGGGGAAGAUGUAGAAAUAAAUAUAUGAACUGUUUAGUUAGUCCCGCUUUGUUUUCCUGGUCCUCUCUGGCUGUAAAUAUUAAAAAUGGAUCACAUUUCUCUGUGUCCCCAUCAUCUACACACUCUUGGCCCAACACAACAACAUGUGUACAUAGAUAGUGUUUGAUCUGAUCUGGAGUUUUGCGUGUGAAGUUUCCUGCUGAACAUUAAAUUGCACGACACGUUACUUGUGCUCACAUUUUAUCUCGUCACACGUGCAGGAAGUGACGCGUUUGUAGCAGAAAACUCCCGUUUGAAAGAAAAAAUUCCGGAGGUGAAGAACAGAUCUUGUGUUCAACACGUCUCUCGUCUGUCCGCUGCCCUUACUGUCGAAACAGAGUUGGUGUUCUGAUGCUUUUAUGUAUUCAUUUAACUUGAUGCUCUGCAGUGCGCUUGGUUGCUCUUCAAAGCUUGGCUGGUGAAAACUGUAAAGAGGAAAAAAACAGAAGUGCCUAUUUCCCCAGUUUUCUAUUUUGUUGUGUGACUCCAGUGUGUCUCUUGUCGGGAGAAGUUAGAGGAAGAAACACGUAGGCUUUGUAUUAUAAACCAAUAUCCCAGCACCAUGUGAUUCGGCUUGUCGUUCUGGCUCUGUGUGGAUGUAGAGAGUGUUUGUCUAAUACACUGUACGUCAUUAAGUAUUACAGCAAUGUCCUGAUGUUAAUAAAAGUGA